AUGAGCGACAGCAAAGGAUGCAGAAGCAAUUCCGACGACUCUGCUUAUUUGGCCGAAUACUAUGAUCUACAGGUCAAGGCAGAUGUCACGACCUUGAACGCCCAAGGUGAUGCCAAAGUUUAUCUAUCGGCCCUGAAGAGGCAGAUGGAAUCGUACUACCCUCUUGACCACCACGGUGAACACCUUGUCGUCCUGGACGUCGGCACAGGUACCGGACGUGUGCUGGCCAAUCUCGCCACAGAUGCCGUUCGGGAGAGCAUUCCUCUAUCUAAUGUCGAAUUUAUCGGGGUUGACAAGGAGCCUUCGAUGAUCCAUCGUGCAUUAGCUGUACAGCGGGAGACGCCGAGUAUGUCGCACAUCGGUCGCAUUGAUUGGCUUGUCGGAGGCGUCCUCCAUUUGUUAUCAGCAGAGCUGCUUGAAACCCACAUCAAUCAGGUUGAUCUCCUGCUGUCCGCGUCUGGCGGCGUCAAUCUUCUUUUCAGGGCUGGUGAGCUCGUGAGAUUUUUCGCUCAGGCUGCUGCGCUACUUCGGCCGCGAUCAGGACGUUUCUAUCUAUCUGUAAAGAAAGAUCUACUAUUAACGAAAUCUACCACAAAGCCAAUGAACGAAAAUACGACAGAUACGGGGUCGUGCGAGCGACAUGAAUUCCCGAGUGAGCUCCAUGAAGGUAUUAUCUACAGGCAACUGCCGAUUGAAAGUCCAGUCUUAGACGGUAUUAUUAAGAGGACUCUCUACCAGUUGCAGGUGAUCAAGCGGACUGAUGCCGGCCGUGAAGAGAUUGUUGAAGAAAGCCAUAUCGAAUGCGUGCAAAGGAUUUGGAAAGAGUCGGAGCUUUUAGAGUGCUUUAAGGAGGCGGGGCUGGAGUGUGUCGGAAUCAUCCAUGCUUCACACGAGACAUACUAUGUUUUGAAGCAGACUGAAUGA